GGUAAUGACCUUUUUAUAUUAAAGUUCAGUGCUUACCCGACACCAGGUAAUGGCGCAAUCAGGUUAAUGCUUUAUUUAUGCUGUGGGAUUUUGUUUGUAUGUUAAUGGUCAUUUUCAACAAAUUUAAUUUCCCGUGUUCUUGUUCCUUCAUUUCUUUCCCACCCCAUUAAUGUGUGCAAAUUAUUGCAAAAAGCUUCAGCAAAUCCAUGGUCUCCAAGAACAGUAGUAGAAUAAUACCUUCCAAAGUCGAAAAUUUUACAGGGCUUUGGUGAAGAAGUUCCACGCCAUUGCAGAUAGGAGAAUACGAUUAAUUUUUCGUCAUUGUAAAAAUCGCGUAUUUUGGGUCCCAUUUGGUCUUCUUCUGGAACUCUUAUACGUUUCACAGCUUCACAUCGCGAGAGAAUUAGGGCUUUUUUCGAAUUACCUAAGAAUCAAUUUGGGACCCGACAAAGGAAGAGAUCUUUUGCAGAUAAAUAAGGGAAAUCUGGAAAGGGACCUCGUGUCUCUUCUCUUUCUCUCUCUAUAUUCAAUUUGCAUUCAUAGUAUUCUCUCAAUUUCUUGUAAUUAGAAAGACAUGAACGUCUCCUCUCAAGAUGGGUUAAUUCUUCUUCAAUCUGUUUCUUCUACUGUUGUCUUCGGAUGGUAAGAAAGAUUUAACAAUGUCAGUCGAAAGCUUGGCUUCGCUGAGCAGCGAUCUUUGCUACGACAUACUAAAGCGUCUGGACGGUGCUACAUUGGCCAGCGCCGCCUGUUCUUGUGCUACAUUUUGUUCGAUUUCGAAAGAAGAGAGGCUGUGGGAAGAUGCCUGUACUUCUAUGUGGCCUUCGACGAAUCGGGACGACGUCAAGAACUUAAUUUCUUCGAUUGGCGGGUUCAAGAACUUCUACGCCGACUGUUUCCCUCUUAUAGUCAGCAAGGAGGUCCCGGAGUUUCACUGGAACGACUACUACGACUUCCCGGAAGAGUGGACCGACGCGGAAUACUACGGAGACGACGAUGAAGUCGAGAACAUCUCGCCGUCGGAUUUCGUGUCGAUCGUGGAUAUCAGGUACAACGACACGACGAUUUGUUCGAAAGUCUUGUGGGGAAUUCCGAACACCAACAGCUUCAACGGUUGGUUCUACAGCUGCCCUUUCCGGAUCGAUCUUCUCGCGUACUCGGCGCGGGACGAAAUUAAGCUUACGGUGACGGACGGGUUGUCGCCCGUUUGGUCGAUGGAGAGGGAGCGGAAAGACGGGAAGCUUUGGCAGGAGAUUUGCGACGGGAUCCGGCUGAGCUGGAUUCUCGUAAAUCGGAAAGCGAAGAAGGCCGCGAAUCUGUCAAGCUGGAGCCCCGUCGGCGGGCAACGGCAUUGGCCUACGGACAACGACUUCUUGAUCCGAUUCGGGUCGAUUCUUCCGGCAAAGGAUAUUCUACCUUGUAGGGUUGUGGAAUGCAUUCUGAUCAUGAAGCUGAAGCUCGUCGGGAGCGGCGCGCGGACGACGAUCGAGCUGACGGAGCUGAGUAUGCAGCUCGGCGACAUGGAGGGGUCCCACGUCAACGGCCGGAACAGCUUGCUGGUGCUGAGGGACGCGCUCGGCUGCCCCCGGAGCAAGAAUUAUGGCGCGGCGGUCGAGUCGUGUUUACGGUAUUCGAAAGUUCAGAGCGAGCUGAAGGAGGAGAAGAUGAGGUACGAGAACAGGUUGGACACAAUUUGGAUACUCGGAAGUAUUGCAGCUUGUGUUACAUUCUGUCUUUACUGUUUGUGAAGAUUAAGAUUGAAUCGAUCUAUAUAUAUAUAUAGAUACAUACACACAUUCUAUAUGUAUAUGUGUGUGUUAUGUGAACUUGUUUGUUGCAGAUCUUUCACGUAGUCGAAGGAUAUGUGUUUUAUGGUU